ACACACACCACACCAAUUUCACUGUGUGCUUCUUUCUUCUUCUUCUUCUUCUGGUUUAUCAGUUGUAUAUCUGAACAGGAAGAGUGAAACCAAUAAUGGAGGGUUUUACUCUUCCAUGUGCUUCCACCUCUCUUCCUACUUCACUUCCGCUUCUCCAAUAUCCUCUUAAAUUCUCACCUUCUUUCAGAAAUUCUAAAUGUUUCAGUCGACACAUCAACACUUGUAUGAAACUUCAUCCAAUUCGCAUAUCUUCUCUGCGUGCUACUGCUACUCAAGAGACUGUUGUUGAAGCUAGUGAGAUCGAGUCCCAAUAUGUUGAGAUUGGGUACAUAUCUAGUGUUCAUGGACUACAAGGGGAGGUUCGAGUGAAGCCUAACACGGAUUUUCCAGAAUUGAGGUUUUCAGAGCCGGGAAAAAGAUGGUUGAAGCAACAAAUGUUGGGUAGAGAAAUAAUUAAAGAAGUUGAAUUGUUGGAGGGAAGAGGACACCAUGGACAGAAGAGUUGGAUAGUUAAAUUUAACAAUGUUGACAAAGUAGAGCAGGCUCAACAGCUUGUUGGGUCAACUAUACUUGUAUUAGAUGAAGAUAGACCAGAGUUGGAGGAAGGUGAUUUCUAUGCCCGUGAUCUUGCUGGCAUGAGGGUUAUGCUUAAGGAAACUGGCGAAGCUGUGGGAACCGUUGUGAAUGUUUUUGAUGCUGGAGGAAAUGAUCUCUUACAAGUUAAACUUGAUUCAUCUUUAGAGACGAUAGACAAAAAUGGAAACCUGAAAUCAGAAGCACCCCUUGUUUGGAUCCCAUUUGUUGAAGCGAUCGUUCCUCAUGUUGAUUUAAAUAACAGAGAAAUGAUAAUUACACCUCCUAAAGGGCUCCUUGAGUUGAAUGUACGCUCUGAUGAGAGGUCAAAGAAAGAACGUCGACAACUUGAAUGGAAAGAGAGGAAAAAGUUUCAAAAACAGCUUAUAGCAGCAAAAAAGAAACUGAUUGAAAUGGAUCAGAAGCAUGUUUUCGACGGGCUUAGAUAUGGUGAGAAAGAUCAAAGGAGCCUGCUAGCAGAUCAAAUUGUAGACGUUAACUCGCAACUGCUUCAAGUAGCAUUACAGACUAUUGAGAAACCUUCUGACAGAUGGCAGUUUUCCAAGUUCUUAGCAGCUUAUGACACGCAAAAAACGAGAGAUGUUUUUAAGGUUUCAAACGGCUGUCUCGUUAGUGAAGAUGUGAAGCCCACAAGUUCCAAGAUAGCAGAGAGGCGUAGUGCUCUGAUAUCCAGUGGCAAAGUUGCAAAUAUUUUGGUUGUUGAGGGUGAUACGCUUAAAACUUCCAACUCUGAAGGGAUGGAUAGUCUCAUCCAAAGAUUAGAUGAGAUGGAAAACCGUCAAACGACACCUUUGAUUCUUAUCUGCCCUGAUAACACAAUCGAAACGUUUCAAAACUUGAUGGCAAACAAUGACUACUUCGGCUUUGACCCUGAAAAGGUUUGGAUUUUGGAAGAAGAAAAAAUACCAGUUGUAAAUUCUUCACCUGGAGAAAAUAAAAAACACAAAAUCUUGAUGAAAUCACCAUGGGAAAUACUCCAAACACCAGUUGGAUCUGGUGGCGUAAUUAGCUUACUUUCAUCCAACAAUGUUUUAGAGUCUCUUGCUGCAAUGGGCGUUGAGUAUAUCGAGAUUUCUAGUGUUGAUCAGAGACAUGUAGGUGGGGAGAAUCUGCUUAGUUUGGUGGAUUCAAGUGAAGCGCAUGUUGGAAUAAAAACGUUCAAUGGCAUUGAUGGCGCUGAUAACGAUUUCUACCUGGUUUUUUCCAUUAAUUUUUUGACACAGUUGACUAAGCGGGUCAACAAGUUGACUUUCGAUGCUGUCUUAAGGUCAAACCAGCAUGUGGAGAUGGUUGACAAGGAGUGGGUUGACAUAACACCCUCAUCACAUAACUCGUAUGAGUUUCGUUCUUCAAUUUAUACUUGUUUAGAAGGUUGUUCUCUUGACAAGGUUUGUGUAAUGGAGAUUGUGGAUUAGAUAGACAAUAGACGUGAUAUAGAACAGUUUGUUGAAUUAAGUUGACAGUUAGGUUAUAAGUUAAAGCUCAACACUUGACAGUAUGUGUUUCGAAACCGUUGUGACUUCUAAGUCUAUAGAAGAAAAAACAAUGUAUCGAACCUCGCUGUUUUUAAUAACAAAGUACAUGAACUUCGCUGUUUUGAACA